CGGCUCCACGUCUCUGAAAGCGGUCUAACGGCAAACCACUCCAAGAGCUGUUGUCAUGCCAAGCCUGCUCACAUCGCCGUCAAGGGAGCUGCAGCACCUCAACAUGGAAACUGACAAGACCAAGUCGGCCAGAUGCAAGGGACAAAACUUGAAGUCACGCCUGCAGUGUAAAUCUUCUCAAGCAACUAGUGGUGAGAGGCUUUGUUUUGAAGAAGUGUCUCAGUGGUCGUACUCGCUGGGGAGACUUCUCUCUUCCAAUUGCGGGGUGAAAAUCUUCCAGGCCUUCUUGAAGUCGGAGUUCAGCGAUGAAAACCUCGAGUUUUGGGUGAUGUGCGAGGACUAUAAAAAAAUCAAGUCUUCCUUCAGGAUGUCCUCUAGGGCCAAAAAGAUCUUCAAACGCUACAUUGAAGCAGAGGCUCCCAGAGAAAUCAACAUCGAUCACAAGACCAGGGAGCUGAUCAAGUCGUACAUGAAGGCUCCCACCGCAGUGUGUUUCGACGACGCACAGAGGAUUGUCUACGGAUUAAUGGAGAGGGACUCCUACCCACGGUUCCUAAAGUCAGACAUUUACAGGGCUUUACUGGACUCCUCGUCAGAAUCAGUGAAGCUUUAAAGAGGAACAUGAAGCAGAGACCUUGUGCGUGCAGAAGCUGGACUGUCACAGUGCGUCCAACGUUGAACUGCCAUGGACGGACUCCAGAGCAUGUUGCUCAACCGGUGACAAACGGUGACGGAAACCAAGACAAAUCUAAAAUACUUCCCAAGCACCUUCCUUCAGAGUUUGAAAAUGUGUACGGUGUGAAACAAAUUCAGCUCUGUAGUGGGACAAGUGUAAAAGGGGAUAUUCAUCUUUCCAAAUGGUUUGGAAAGAGAACCCAGUCUGACAUAACAUUUCUCCACCGUCCUUUAGUUUACGUAAUGUCACAAUCCAGCUUUAGAAAUUGUGACAUGACGAUUUACUAGAUGUGGAGGGCAAUGAGCAGAGAGCAACGGAGACUCGUCUUUAGUAACAUGCGUUAUCUCCACCAGGGUAUUGUGUCCUGUAACUUGUAAAUCUAACUAAAAAUCUGUAUUUAACCCCAACAUAUGCUGAUAACGGUCAAUCUAACCAUUCAUGUAUAAGAGCAAAGACGGAAACUGUGAAACCCUGUGUGGAAGUGAAGCUGGAAAGUGAAAGAACUCUGUGUGGGACAAGUGUUGAACUGCACGUCUUCAGCUUGACAGUUGGCGGGUGAACAGCUCUGACCCCCCCCCGUUGAGCAACCAAAAAUGCAUACUUUUUUAACACAGUGGGACGCUUGUCCCGUAGUAAGAUGAUGUAAGCUAUAUGUCUGUGACCAACUAAAAGAAACGUAGUCGCUGAGACAUCUUUGAACUCUUUCUGUAAAACUGUUGUUUUAUCUUCAGAUCUACGCAGUUUUUACACAGUCAGUCAGUUGGGGGGUAGAGUUGGACGGGGAAUGACGUGGAAAUGACAACAAAGCAAAAGACUGACGCUGAUUGUGUUGGUCUGAAGGCAAAGGACUGAUGAUUGUGCAGUGGAGAUGCUGGGGGACUUCCUACGCGAUGACAACAGAAACUGUGUGUGGUGCAAACAGCACCUUCCACCCAAGAUGAAAGUGCAAACGCAGACAUGUGCUUCUGUUCCUCAUCCUGAGUUCUCUCUUGUCAUAUUAGACCAAAGAUGCUACUGAGAUAUAUGUUUUUUUGAAGCAUUUGUUCUUUCUGUUUUACAUCCAGACAUUAGUGUGGACAUACUGAACUUAUAUGUUACAACUGUUACGAAUUAUAACUGUAAUAAGCUACAUGAAAAAAAAAACAAUGUCAUCCACGCUAUGAAGAUAAAUUGAGAAUGUGAACAUCAAAAUGAAUCAGUGGGUGUUAAUUAAAGAGAAGAAAGAAAAUACUACAU